AUUUUUAAAGCUUCAAGAAAACCUUAUUAUAAGUAGACGUAACGAGAUUGAAAAUGAAAACCAGGCCUAAAGAGUGAGCUCUCAAAGCGUAAAGUCCCUUUCUGAAUUCUUCAAUAUUUUUCCUAGCCAUGGCUCUGGUGCAAAGCAAAUGGGUUAAGCUUGAUCAAAAAGGAACUGGGCCUGGGGCAAGGAGCUCACAUGCAAUAACCCUAGUAGGAUCAAAGGCCUAUGUUUUCGGUGGCGAAUUUGCACCACGUGUCCCUGUAGACAACAAGCUCUACGUGUUCAACCUUGAAGAUCUUACAUGGUCCGUGGCCGAUGCAACCGGAGACAUCCCUCCUCCUAGAGUCGGCGUAACAAUAUCAGCCAUUGGAUCAACCAUCUAUGUUUUUGGUGGUAGGGAUAGUGAUCACAAGGAACUCAACGAGCUCUACUCUUUCGACACGUCGACAAACAAGUGGACCCUACUAUCCAGCGGGGAUAUCGGACCACCUCACCGGAGCUACCACUCAACCACAGCUGAUGAUCGCCACGUGUACAUCUUCGGUGGCUGUGGAGUUGCUGGCCGCCUUAACGAUCUAUGGGCUUAUGAUGUUGUUGAUCAAAAGUGGAAUAAGUAUCCAACGGCUGGUGAUAAAUGCAAGGGUAGAGGUGGGCCUGGCCUCGUCGUGGCCCAAGAAAAGAUAUGGGUUGUGUAUGGUUUCACUGGAGUGGAAGCGGAUGAUGUCCAUUACUUUGACCCGGCCCAAAAUGAGUGGACCCAGGUGGAGACACAUGGCGAAAAACCAACCGCUAGAAGUGUGUUUUCUACGGUAGUGAUUGGAAAGUACAUAUUUGUGUGCGGUGGUGAAGUGGACCCCAGUGAUCUGGGCCACAUGGGAGCUGGGAAGUUCUCCGGUGAAACGUACGCAUUGGAUACGGAAACAUUGGUGUGGAAGCGGUGGGAUGAUGGGCCGAAUUCGGGCCACCAUCCUGGGCCUCGUGGGUGGUGUGCAUAUGCGGGUGGGAAAUGGAAUGGCAAAGAGGGACUUUUGGUGUAUGGAGGCAAUUCCCCAAGUAAUGAUCGUCUUGACGACAUUUUCUUUUUCACUCCUGGUUAUUAGUCUCUUUUUACUUUGGUGGCCAAGUAGUGGUGAUUCAUAUAUGCGUAUAUAAUACGUAUGUGUUUUUUUUUUUUUUUUUUUUUUACAUGUAUUUUGGUUAUGAUAUGCUUUGUUUAAUGUCAAUUUAUGUGAGGCUAAAGUUACGAGGCUUGUAAUAAGGCCUACACGAGUCUUGAAGAUGAUGAAAGUUUGUGUACUCUAAUUUAAUGACCAAUUGAUGGAUAUUAGCCUUGAA